GUCAAACACUACCUUUAUAAACACGCGCACGGACCUCGCGCCGUCAUCUCCGCAGUUAAGCCCGUCGCGGUUGCAGUGAGCGGAUCGAUCGCAGUGCCCGCUGCAGACGCGCGGCACUUUAACACCGAAUCUCGCAACUUUGAUGUAGUUAAUAUCUCGUAAAGAUAUUCUCGGUUAGAUAUUUAAUUGGCAUUCCCUCUCUACGCCAUGGAUAAAUUUCAAAAUCUGAACAUUAGCGCUGGGAACAGCUCCGUCGAUAAGCAGUCAUUCUUCGACGGUGGCGUGUAUCAGAGCUUGGAUUCCCAGGAGCUCCGCGUACUUAUACCGGUGAUUCUGGGGAUAAUUUGCGUCCUGGGGUUCACCGGAAACAUCACCGCUCUGGGGGUCCUCGUCACCAACGCUCGCAAAGGCAAGCUGUCGCUGAUCAACUCGCUGAUCCUCAACCUGAUUCUGGCCGACAGCAUGGUGCUGGCGCUCGCCGUGCCCUUCAAGGCCGUCUCGUACUCGCGAGCCAGCUGGACGCUGGGCUGGUUCCUGUGCAAGACGUGCGACUGGUUCCUGCACGCCUGCAUGGCGGCCAAGAGCUUCAUCAUCGCCAUCAUGGCCAGAGCCUGCCUCAGGUACGUCAGCAACCCCAACAAGCAGGUGAACGUUCACUACAAAACGGUCAUGGUGGUGGUGCUGCUCUCCUGGGUCUUGGCGUGCGUGGUGCCCGCGCCCCACUGGAGGUUCGCGGCGCUGCGGCGGGAGGGGGCGGGGCUGGCGUGCGUUCAGGCGGCGCCGCCCGGCGCCCGCCGGUUCAUGUGGGUGUACGUGAAGCUGUACCCGCUGGUGGCGUACUGCGCGCCGCUCAGCCUGGCGCUGCUCUUCUUCUGGCUGGCGUACAGCCGCUGCCAGCGCCGCGGCAGCAAGGCGCAGAACCUGCGCACGCAGAUGCGCUCCCGCAAGCUCACGCUCAUGCUGUUCGGCCUCACCGUCACCACGGCGAUCCUGUGGCUGCCCCAGUGGGCCGCCUGGGUGUGGGCGCACCACGCGGAGGAGAACGGGGGGCCCGCCCCGCCCCCGCUCUUCUCCCUCUCCGCCCAGCUGCUCAUGUUCUCCAUCUCGCUGGUGAACCCGCUCACCGUGCUGUCGCUGUCCGAGGAGUUCCGCGAGGGCUACAAGGGCCUGUGGCGCCGGCUCACGCUCCGGAAGCAGCCCCCCAAGCAGAAGGCGGGACCGCACACGCCCACCGUCCUCCGCUCCCCCAGCCCCCGGCCCGAAACCGGGGGGGGACACCCCCAGCCGCACUCGCGCAAGCCGGGCGGGGCGGACGAGCCCAAAGGCGACCCGGACACCGAGCCGGGCGGCCCGCCCCCCGACAGCCCGGGGAACAAGGACAACCCGGUGCUGCCGGACGUGGAGCAGUUCUGGAGCGAGCGGGAAACGGGCGGGCCGGCCGACGACAACGACCCGGUGCCCUGGGAGCACCAGAACCCGGUCGACACCAAAAAACGGGACACCUGAACACCGCCCGAAACGCACUCCCUCCCACCCCACCCCUACACACCUGGAGUAAACACACACCUCAGAGACAGCUGACUGACCACUGGGCUGCAGAUCCGCUCAGUGCGACCCAGCCUCCUCAGACCAUCGUAAGAGUCUAACCCAGCCUCCUCAGACCAACCCAGCCUCCUCAGACCAUCGUAAGAGUCUAACCCAGCCUCCUCAGAGCAACCCAGCCUCCUCAGACCAUCGUAAGAGUCUA